AUGAGCCUCAACCGUCACAUGAAUUCCGGGACGUCCCUUUGUCAUGGCCGUCGGCCGUCGCCCACGUGCCGGUGGCCAGCAGGAUGGGCGCCUGGCCGUGCGCCGGGCUCGGUGGGCCCUCGGCAUGCCUUCACCGCGUGUCGCGCCACUGUCGGCCCUUUCGACCUGCUGGAGUUACCGCGCGGGAGCAGCAGGGAGGAGGUGCGCCAAGCAUACCUUGCCAAGAUGAAACACCUCCACCCAGACGUCAACCCCAAAAAGGACACCACAGAGGAGGCUGCUGCCCUCAAUGCAGCGUAUGAGCACCUCAUGAAUGCUCCUGAUGAGGAUUGGUUGCCAGAGGUGGAGGCCCCCGCCCUGGACCCAUUUGACAAGGCUGGGGAGCCUGCCACGGAGCUAUUUGUCAAUCCCUUUGCCUGUGACGUGAACCCAUUGCAGUGGAGGGAACUGCAGGCAGUGGCGAGGGUGGGGGAUGACCCAGAGGCAGCAUUGUCCGCAGCUCGGGUGGGCUUCUCGUCAGGGGCAGUGCAGUUUUUGAGUGCUGCACAGAUGGCAGCCGUGAAGGAGGAGUUAGGGAGGAUGGAGAGCAACCUGGAUUAUGAAGGAACAAGCUGGUACCUGUCAUCUUGCCUUAACAGAGCUCGAAGGGCAAAUGACAGAUUCCGUGGCGAGGAGUGA